AGCAUGGAAAAAUUCGCGAAAUCUAUUGAAAUUUUGCGAGUUUACUUGACUGAUAAAAACGAUACUGACCGGAAAGACGAAAAAAUUCUGCAUUUGACAAUUGUCACGGAUUUUGUUUGCGACUUUAAUGACAACCGAAUUCAAGAUUUCUCGCAAGUUUUGGCAACUGUGAUUGAAGUCAUUUUGGUGUACUGUGGAGACACAAAUAGUGAUGUACGAUCAAACGCUGCAGAAUGUUUGGAGAAAAUUUCAAAAGCGAAAAUUAAUUUCUAUUUCAAAAUCUUGGCGAACAUUUUCAAGGAGCUGAAACGAUGUGAGAACCCGAGAUCUCUUAAAGCUGCUCUGAGUCACAUUGCAGACUUGGUGCCCUACCUUCAGCCCCAGAAAUUCUACAUAAUUCAAGCCAGCUUCGGCCAAGAGAUCUCUCGAUUGGCUGUAAAUGAAAACGAGGCUGUUUUGGAGACACUGCCUGUUUUUAUUGACAAAGUGUAUUCGAUUGUCGGAUGCGGAUUGAAUCAUAAGGAUGUAUCGGCAAUUACAUUACCUUUUUUAGGCAAUCUGGGAUCCAAAAAUGCCGUUUCUAGGAGAUCGGCAUCAUUGGCUAUUUACCAUCUAUGUAGACAUUCAGCUUUACCAAUCGUAAAUACCCUUCAUGCUAUGAAAAACAUUCUUUCCAAAAUUUUGCCUCUAAACCAAGAAUCUUUGGGAGUAGACAGUCUAGUUGGAAGUUUGAUAUGCCUCCGACACCUGUUGUCAAUCAUAGAUGCAAAGAAAUGUUCAUUCGAAUUAGAAAACGCCUCGUCGCUGAUUCCAAUUUUGACUUUGUGUUUCGAAGUGUGUUGUCAUCUUUGCAAACAUGCAAGUAGUGUAGUAAAAACUGCAGCUUUGGAAGCACUGUUGGCGUUGCUGAAAAUGUGUCCAUUUGGUCUGAAACGAGUUCUAACGAGGCGAGGGGGAAUUCCUCGAGAGCAAAUAAACGACAAUCCUGAAGACGUGUUAUCCUGGUCGCCAACAGAGACAUUAACUCGUGAAACGAGCGCAUCGGGUCUUGCUUCAAGUUUUCAGAAUCUCGAGGACAAUGCACGCGCGGAUGUUCCUUUGUUCACGAAUAAACUGGCUGACCGGAAGCAAAAUGUGGAAAGUGCCGGCAGUGUUCCGAGUGGCGAUCAAAUGACGAGUAGUAUUGCCGGAUCAACAGCUUCGUCCAUGGAAGAUAUCCCCGAAAAAAUCCGAGCAUUAACGACGAAGGAUGACUUAUAUGCAAAACAGAGCGAAGAAAAUGUAGAUCAAAAUGAGUUCCCAGAUUUGGUCUCGGAUUAUAUGACGGAGUCAUAUUAUGGGUCUCCGGAAAAUCAAGGGCCAGAAUCAGGAGUUGACAUUGGAACUUACUCCUCGAAUGUACAAACACCUGCAACAUACGCUUUGAGGCUAAUUUGCUCUGAUUUUCUACUCGCGGGUGAGAAAUCAAAACUCAAACCAGACAACGAAGUUAGAGUCAGUAUAAAAUGUCUAGCGUUGCAAAUUGUGGCGCAGCUUUGUGCUUUGGAAGACAUAAAAGAUUUGCAGAUCUUUUUGAGUGCAAGUUCAAACUCCGAAGCUCAGAUUCAGUUUAUAGAUGAUGUGUACCUUUUUGCUACCCAUGCGGACCCACAGGUUCGAUCUGGUUGCGUAAACAUCUAUGGCGCAAUCGUGAAAUCAUUUUUAGAGGGACUUUGUCUUGAAGCGGCUGCAUUUCCGCGAAGCAUUGAAGCCUUGAUCAAGGCUAUUUCCGACCCGGAAGCACCGGUUGUUCGGUCAGCUUUGACUGUUUUAGCUUCGAACAUUCAACUUAUGAUGGAAAUUUGCCCUCACUCGGCCUUGCUAGUUGACAUAAUAGAAGCAGUAUUGUUUCUCAAAUCGCAAAACUACUGGCUUAUUAAGCUCUCGGCGUUGGAAUUUCUCCAAAAUGUGGAUUUCAAUAAUUUACUCUUCCACGAGGCGAACUGUUCAUAUAAAUCAAGUCCAGAAUUCAGUCUUCAAAAUCAGAUUUUACAGUUUGUGGCUGAGCAAAUUCAAAGCUCUAAUCAAAACUUGAGAGAUAAUGCUUCAAAAAUUUUAGCCACAAUGGUGGAAAAAAUAUGUCUGCCCAUGUCAAACACGUUCACACACUCGCAUGAAUCGUUGGUGAAUUUUUCAACUAAUCUUCAUAGUAAAUACUGUCCCAGUUUCAAACCGAUUCCAGAAAUAUACGCAGUAGAUAAAUCAAUGCACUUUCAAAAAAGUUACUCGCGAAUCGACGAUAGUGAAUCUGCUACGAAAUUAACUCAAAAGCUCUCUUUCGUCAUCAACAUGUUAUUUAACAGUCUAAAUGAAGUAAAUGAUCCAAAUGCCUUAAAUGGAAUCCUUCAAACUUUGCGCAAGCUAAGUCAGCUUUAUGAACCUAGAAAUUAUCCAAGUUCUUGGCAAAUGUGCCCGACCCCUGAAAGGUCCGAUAUGAAUUCAUCCGAGAAAUUCGGGAACAUAAAAAUUUGUCUGAAUCUGCUUAGUUCCUCAUUUUGUACAAACGUUGUAACUCAUGCUUACUUGCUUGACAUCGUAACAAGCUUGCUGACCUCGACAGUCAUUGGGUUCCUAGAAAACCCCCAAGUUUUUGACGACUCCAUGAAAGCAGUUCGAGAUUGGCCCGCGAUUAGUGAUGAAAUUUUGUCUUCUUUAUUUGGAACUUUGUUUCAUCAUCUAUUGAAAUGUUUGAAUGUCGUAGAUCACGUUUUGAGGAACAAAGAACCCGCAACAUCCCCAGUUAAAAGUGGAUACCCCAAGCUACCUACAAAUUUGACUUCUUUACCGUCAUACUUCCCAAACACCGCAACCAUUCCAAGUCCGAUCAGAAAGAAAGGUCAGAAGUUAGUAGAAACCGCGGUUACUAAAGCCAGAAAUACAAAUGUUACUUUACCAUCUUUGCCAACAAAGUUUCUGGAAGAAGCCAAGAAAGAGUCGAUAUCGAUGUUCACGUCAGGAUCCAGUGCGCCCUCGGCUCCAACGCCUCCGAAGCCUCUGGACAGUUCCUUUUCUCAUGAUUCAAACCUAAUGCUCCUUUUUGAAAUUCUCUCAAGUAUGAAUCGAAGUCUGAAAGUAUCUAGCUUGACAAGUCAAAAUGAUAAGUUCAUUAUUUUUACCUCAUCAGUGCUCAGCAGCAUUGGAAGCCUUUUUCAUUAUGCUAGCACCAGGGAAAUAUCACUGUAUGUAGAUACUAUUUUGAGGCAAGUUGAAUUGUGCUUGAAUCUGACGCCAGUUAAGGCAAUAACAUGCGUACAGAAUCUAUUCCACAGUGUAUUUGGAACCAGUGUAUGUCAUAACCCAGCCCAACUUAUAGAUCCAGGGUAUUCUGGAAAAACGAGGCGUGAACGUGAUGUCAUGUAUCUCUACACCUCGACGUUCACCGAUCCUUACAUGAGAUUCACUCAGGACUUAGCACCUGACGCAAGUUCAAACGGAGAUCCAAGUCAAGUGAACCUAAAACGAGAAUUGAAACAAAAAACAGGAAGACUUGGCCAGUUUCAAAAUCGGAUGCCUCUUGUGAACCAGCACAUCAAAAGCUUUGAGAGUUUAGUUUUGAACAGUCUUAGGAAAUACAGCAGCUCAAGUAGACCGUGCGAUCGUUUACUGGUCAUUGAACUUCUUUGCCAGUUGAUCAACUUGAAAGUCAACUAUAACUUGUUGGAUAAUGAGCACAGUUUUCUGAAAUUUCUGAGCGAUCAACUGGCUGUUUUCUCCGAAUUGAGAGGCGAAUUGGCUCCAUUUCAUUCUGACUUAAUGGGACAUGCGAUGUCGUUUUUCAUUCAGCUGAGUCACCAAAAGUACGAAGGAAAACCGAUUAUCUACUUAGAAAAGAUAACACAACAUUGCUCUGCUCUGUCAAAAGUGGAUAACAAAGUUUCGAUUUCGGUUUUGAGACCAGUUGUUCAUGAUCUGUUUGCGCGAAGAGGAAUUUCAAUCAAUGACCCGGAAGAGCAAUUGGCCACUAGUAAUAACUUGGAAACCAGCGGAUCCAAAGCGGCUCGUCAGAUCAUAAGUGUCCUCCUAUUACAACUGAGCGAUUAUCCCGAAGCCUGGGAUUUAGUUAUUGUUGCGUUAAGACAUGCGAAGCACGAAGGCGAAAUGCAACAUAAAACUUUUUCAAGACAGUGUUCGGAUAACAUAGUCCCACUUUUGGAAAACGGUGAAAUAAACUUCGAAACAGUCCUGGACAUUGAGAGAUUGCAGAUGUUGGUAUGUUUGCUUCAUCCCUCUGUUGGUUUGAUUAAUUCUGAAAACUUAUUGCGACUGUUUUUCAAGCCACCGCCUACGGAUUCCUUGCGCAAUUUCAAGAACUUCUUAUCGAUUCUGACUAGUUUAGUUAAUGUAAUGUGUCGUCAGUCUCAGGACGAGUCUUUUCUUAGUAAAGUCAAAGAAGUCAAAACGAGAGCUGUAUCGGAUUCCUCGCCGUUAUUCAAGUGUGAAAAACCAGGAGAAAUGAUAGCAAAUCAAAUACUCCAUGUUGUAUCGACACUAAGCGCAUUCGAAACAUUCGAUUUUGACAUCAAUCAAGUUGCUCCACAAAUAUUCAAAUUUUUGCAACAUUUGCAAUUUCUCAUAAAGUCAUCAUCUCCACUGGCCAAAAAAAUAGCAGAAAGUUUCGCCCGUUUGAUAAAUGGAGCGCAAAUAUCUUACGUUCUUUCUACAAACGUGAUAACUAUGAAUGAAAAACUGAAACGGCUCUUAGUUCCUUUCCAUCCCUACAUAUUCUUGCAAUGGUGUGAUAUUCUAUUCUCGGUUGGAUACACGAAAGAUCAUAGCUGGUGGCCCUCGAUUUUGAACUCGGAUUCAAGUAAGGCCAGUCAUUCGCCAUCUCAGACUUUGUUGAUCAAGUCUUGUUUCUUGUUAUUGGUCGAUUCAGCCGUGGCUACUGCAAAUAAAGAUACAGAACCGAUGUCGUGGGUAAUUUUGAACCACCUGAGAGACGUUUGCAUAUUGGCAGAGGAACCCCCCGUUUCGGAUUUCUUAGGACUCGUCUAUCAGCAGCCGGCGCUGAGCGCAUUGUUCGUUCAGAAACUACAAGACGAUUUGAUUAUAAAUUCAAUUGUGAAUUCGUCGGCUAAAAAUAAGUUCUUGACUGUCGUCAAAGCACUUCAUCCAACUAUAUCACACAAAGUACUCCUUCUGUUGUGCGCAAAUGAGAGUUUGAUCAAUAACUCGGAUUUGGUAUUCCAACGCGGAGUCGUGAAUAUUGUAAUAGCCAAGUUACAGCAUUUGGCUAACUCGACUACUUGCGAUCAACCGCCCAUAGAAGACCUAGAUUUAGUCGCAAGAAGACUUUAUCCAAUGAAAUUUCUUAAAAAGUUCCCCGAUCUGAUCGACCAGUUGUCCCUUUAUUUCCAAAAGCUUUCAAACGAAAAUUCUCAAUUUCUCAAAGACGGAGAAAUUUUGAAACAAUCUCAGGUUUUGCUAUCCGAUUUUGAAAGCUUUGAUGUUGCAUUUACACAAACGUUUCUGACAAAAAACCGAGAUAAAAUUUCAAACGAGGAUCACUCAAAGUUCAUUUAUGCGCUGGAUUUAGAUGAUGCUAUGUCUUAUCUUUCAGGGUCUGAUAAUACGUUUGGUCUCAUCGUAUGCUUGUAUCAACGUCAUCUAAAUGAGCAGCAAUCUCAGAAUAAUGCACCAAAUAUCCAGCUAGUUGAAUUUAUCUCUGAUAUUUUCGUCGCCAAAACAAAACGGUUUCUGAGCAAGUUAAACGAAAGCUCAGAUGGCUUGAAUAGCUUAGAAGAGAUAAAUGUUUUCAUGAAUUGUUUGGAACAUUUUUUGAUUCUGAAUGCUUCGUGGAUUGAAAAAUUGGCACCGUUUGGGGGAUUGUUGUUGAAUAUGGUCCAAGUCGUUCUAGAAUAUUACACCAUAAACGCCAAUGCUCGCCCCCAUAAUUGUCUGGACCUGGUCAAGUUUCUGCAAUUUGUACCUAAUGUUGCAGUCUUAACUCAAAUUGUCGAAAAAGGGGAGCCUGGAAGAUGUUUGAAACUAUGCAAGCUGUUAAUGCUUCUAACCAGAAACAUAAUUCCUGAUUGUUUCCCGACGUCAAAAGUUCCUCAAAAAGAUGACGACGUUGUCACAAUUCGUGAAAGCAGCGAAUGUGUGUUGUUGUUACAUGCUCAAAAUCCGAGUAACGAGUUGGCUUCUUAUUUGAAAAACGCUUUUGCAUCUUUAUGCAGACACCCAGAUUUGAUUGAAGUUUGUAGGGUUCCAAAAGAUAUGUGGUCUAAAGGGUUCUCAGUCGAGUCGAUAAAGGAUCGGCCGCCAAACAUGGAUGCAUCUUUUCUUUUGGAUCCCGACAUAUUCUACGAUUUCCAAACCCGAGUCGAAGUUUUUGGAUGGGUGAGUCGACAAUCGUUCGAAGAAAUCUGGAUGAUUUAUUUGUCGGUUUUGAACUCAAGCAACGAAGAGGAAAUAGAUCUCUUGGAGGAAAAGUGGAAAAUAAGAAAAAUGUCGUUCAACGCCAUUAUAAGUCUAGUUGCAGUUGCUAUGCGCACCUUGCUUCCGGGGAAUCCUUCUUUGGUCUCACCUGGAAUCCCGUUUUCGGCUUCGAGGACUUCUAAGUUCAAUUCGGGCAGAAGAGUCACUCCGGAAAUUCACUACGCAAGUGUGGCGAAACUGAAGCGCCAGUUAACGUCGCAGUUCAAAGGAGUUGUCAAAUCGUCGAGUGUUCAUUUUGCAGAAUUGCUGUCGCAAAGCGUGUUCGCCCAUUUGCCUGAAAGUGUGGUUGAACAUGUAAAGGUAGAUCUAAAUUCGUGUGUUGUUCUGCUUAAUGAGCAAUGUCAUCAUUGGCUGACAGAUUCAACAAUUCCGACGUCAGUUACAUGUGACGUGUUUAAGGGCCUGAUCCUAUUGUCGAAUCUCUUUGUAGACACAAAUCAGUUCGACUGGUUGUAUGUAUUGAUAAGUAAUCUGCAUCGAACCCUACCCCCUGAAGACGAAUUGACAGCAUUGUAUACUAUACCACUUCUGUGUCAGAGUAUAAAUGCAACAACUGAUAUAGAAAGACAUGCAGAAGAAAUUGACCAUUUGAUCUCGAUUUUCGUGUCGGGUCUGAAUAGUUCGAUGUUGUCAAUCGAAACGACAACGCUCUGCGGCCUAAGUCUGCUGAUGAAGUGUGCAGGUAAAAACCAGAAUAUUCUUCGUCCAAUUGUGACUAAUCAUAUUCAGUUGUACAUUUUGAACCGAAUCACGGCCGCGACCUCAGUUGCCGCCUCAAGACCUUCCCAGCAUUACAUGCUAUCCUUAGUCGCUUUAACUUUCGAUACUAUUACUAACUUCAUAACAGAGCUACGAGACUCGGAGUUUGUGUCAACAGCUGUUCAAAUGUUUUUAGUAUACUCCAACAUUUGUACUAAAAAUGUCUUCUGUGCUAUUUUCACUCGAAUUGACGAACUAGUAAUUAGCCAAUCGCUCAAUCGGAAAGUGGCCGAUUUCGUGAUCAAAACCUGCUUCGAACAUAUCAAAAAUGCAUCCACAAAAACGAUGAUCCGUUUCAGUUUGAGCUUGCUUCUGUCUUGUAUAUACAGUUACUAUCCACCCGCAGUUCAUAAUCUUGAAUCAGAUGAAAAUAUUUCAAUUGACUCGAUCGAAAGAGUGACUCGAAUUAUUGAAAAAUUUGAGUUUUCGUCCGCCCAGCAUGCCCUGAUAAUUGUUCGCCCGUUAGGUCGGCUGAUGAUUGAUUAUCUGAACCUUCACGAACGGUUCUACAAAGCGACCAGUCUGCUACAAAAACACCGCAGUAGUUUCAGCCAGAGUUGCUGCGCGUUUCUGGUCUUCGAAAUAUUCCAAGAUUUGAUCAAAACGAACAGCGAAAAAGUUCUUUUUGAACUUUUGUGGCCGCCGUUGCCGAGUAUUAUUACCCCACUGACGGUUUCUGAAGACGCCUGUAAUAUUAUUUCCCUCAUGUUCAUUUCUGCAAUUGAAUCACCAUUUGCGGAACCAAUGGUUUCAUUAGUUCUCAACCAGAUCAAACAGAAACUGACCAAUCACAGCACGGCGCACAAAUCAUCCUAUCAUGUUCAGUCUUGGAGCAAUUGGGUCUCGGUGAUACAGGAAUUGUGCAAUUUAAGUGCACGGAUUCUGAAUGCAGGUUUGGAUUGCGAAGCGGACAGAGUUCAAUUGAAAGAAAGUCUUCAGGCAUCAAAGGUUAAAUUCAUCAGGGACAUUCCUUCAAGUUUUUGAAAUCAUUUUUUGAAGUCGAAUGAACUGUAUCAUAAUAUGUUUUAUAGCUUGCCCCGGUAGAUGUUUAUGUAAAUUUUUAUGCCAAAUUUAUAAAAUUAGAGACUGAUUGAUUGAUAUGUUAAUGCUGUAAUCUAUUAUUUUAUAAAUUCACAAUUGAAUGCUCA